GUCCAUUACCAUCCCAGAUUCUCGUUGUUUCUCUGUUGUGGCAGCAGACAACAUUGCCUGAUUCGCUGUCAUUGUUGUCUGACAUUCCAUGCUGAGACAGGUUAUUUUUAGCUAGUGGCCAUGAUCCGAAGUUUAUCAGCAGGACUGCCAUUGUGCUUGAGUAAGGAAUCAUAUUACUUUUCAUAUUACUUUUACUUUAAAGUCCCUGCCCUAUUUUCAAAGUAAAACAACAAUAUUCUGACAAGAGAAUAAAUGGGGAACUACAAAUCCAGGCCAACACAGACUUGUACAGAUGAAUGGAAGAAGAAAGUUAGUGAAUCCUAUUCUGUGAUAAUCGAGAGGCUGGAGGAUGAUCUGCAUAUCAAAGAAAACGAGUUGCUGGAAUUGAAGCAUGUCUUCAGUUCAGAUGAGGCCUUCAAUAAAGUCAACCUAAAUUAUCGUACAGAAAGUGGGUUGUCUUUGCUUCAUCUUUGCUGCAUAUGCGGAGGUAACAAGGCUCACAUCCGGACCCUGAUGCUAAAAGGGUUGCGCCCAUCAAGACUGACAAGAAAUGGAUUCACUGCCCUCCAUUUGGCAGCAUAUAAGGCCAAUGCGGAACUGGUAACAGCCUUGCUACACGGUGGAGCCGAUAUUCAGCAGGUUGGGUAUGGAGCUCUGACUGCUCUUCACAUCGCCACAGUGGCGGGUCACUACGAGGCUGUUGACAUUCUUCUCCAACAUGGAGCGUAUGUUAAUGUCCAAGAUGCUGUAUUUUUUACAUCUUUACAUAUUUCAGCCUACUAUGGUCAUGAACAGGUCGCCAGGCUGCUGUUGAAGUUUGGUGCUGAUGUGAAUGUGAGUGGGGAGGUUGGAGACAGACCCAUUCAUCUGGCAGCAGCCAAAGGGUAUCUGAAUAUCGUCAAACUGCUAAUGGAGGAGGGCAGUAAGACCGACGCUAAUGCCCAGGAUAAUGAAGACCACGUUCCUCUACACUUCUGCUCUCGGUUUGGUCAUCAUGAAGUUGUCCGCUUCUUGCUGCAAGGCAACUAUAAGGUCCAGCCUCACUCUGUUAACAUCUAUGGGGAUACACCAUUACACUUGGCUUGUUACAACGGGAAGUUUGGUGUGGUGAAGGAGAUUGUUCAGCUGUCUGGGGUGGAGAGUCUGACUAAGGAGAAUAUCUUCAGUGAAACAGCAUUUCACAGUGCUUGCACCUAUGGAAAAAGCAUUGAAAUGGUGAAGUUUCUUCUCAGCCAGAAUGCAAUGAGCAUCAAUCACCAAGGAAGAGAUGGACACACUGGGCUGCAUAGUGCCUGUUUUCACGGCCACAUUCGUCUGGUCCAGUUCUUGUUAGACAAUGGAGCCGAUAUGAAUCUGGUCGCCUGUGACCCCAGCCGAUCUAGUGGGGAAAAGGACGAGCAGACGUGCUUGAUGUGGGCGUACGAGAAAGGUCAUGAUGCGAUUGUCACGCUGCUUAAACACUACACGAGGCCUCAGGAUGAAUCUCCUUGCAACGAGUAUUCACAACCUGGUGGAGAUGGAUCUUACGUCUCUGUCCCUUCCCCUCUGGGAAAGAUCAAGAGCAUGACUAAAGAAAAAGCUGAUGUCCUUCUACUCCGUGCCAGCCUCCCGUCUCAGUACCACCUCCAGCUGUCAGAACUUGAAUUCAAUGAAAUGAUAGGAUCAGGUUCAUUUGGAAAAGUGUACAAAGGACGAUACAGGAACAAAGUUGUAGCAAUAAAACGGUAUCGAGCGAAUACGUAUUGCUCCAAGUCUGACGUGGACAUGUUUUGCCGUGAGGUCUCCAUUCUCUGUCGGCUCAACCACCCCUGUGUAAUCCAGUUUGUUGGAGCUUGUUUAGAGGACCCCAGUCAGUUUGCUAUAGUUACUCAGUAUGUCUCUGGAGGAUCCCUGUUCUCCCUGCUGCACGAGCAAAAGAGGAUUAUUGAUCUUCAGUCCAAACUUAUUAUUGCAACAGAUGUGGCAAAAGGCAUGGAAUAUCUUCACAACCUAACACAACCUAUCAUACACCGAGAUCUUAACAGCCACAAUAUCCUGCUUUAUGAAGACGGCCAUGCUGUGGUUGCUGAUUUUGGAGAAUCCAGAUUCCUUUUGUCUAUGGAUGUGGACAAUAUGACCAAACAGCCAGGGAACCUGCGCUGGAUGGCCCCAGAGGUGUUCACACAGUGUACCCGCUACACCGUCAAGGCUGACAUGUUCAGCUUCGCCCUCUGUCUCUGGGAGCUCUUAACAGGAGAAAUCCCAUUUGCCCACCUUAAACCAGCUGCAGCUGCAGCAGACAUGGCCUACCAUCAUAUCAGACCUCCGAUCGGCUACUCCAUCCCCAAGCCCAUCUCUUCACUCUUAAUGAGAGGCUGGAAUGUCUGCCCAGAGGAAAGGCCUGAGUUUUCUGAAGUGGUUGCCAGACUGGAAGAGUGUCUUUGCAAUGUUGAGCUGAUGUCUCCAGCCUCCAGUAACAGCAGCGGUUCCCUGUCUCCCUCCUCCUCAUCAGACUGCCUGCUGGCGCGCGGAGGGCCGGGCCGCAGCCAUGUAGCUGCCCUGCGCUCCCGCUUUGAACUGGAGUACGCCCUUAACGCGAGGGCCUACGCUGUGUGGUCACAAAGUGCUGAACGCCGAUCUUCUCAAGGACUCUCAUUGGAUGAACUGAGGAAAAAUAUGCAGUAUCCACCAAUUGACAGAAAUGGGUAUGUAUCUGAUCCCAUGAGCACCAUGCGAUUUCAUUCCUGCAGCAGUAAUGGUAGCUUUGAGGACAGCAACUGACUUUCCAGCAAGAAAGCUGGUCACAUUCUGGAAGGCUUUAGUGUGAUGCUUGUUCUGAAUAGCAUGGUCAAUAAAACCAUCAAGGCAGUGGCUCGUUUUUGUGUAUCUUGAGAAAUAUUGCAAUACUUAUGCAUGAUGCUUGAUCCUACCAUCUUGUGAGAGCCAAGGGUUCCAUUCAAUGAAUUUUACAUUGUAGGGUUGAUAAAAAAAAAAAGUAAAAGUGAACAAUUCUGAGAACUACAUAUAAGGUUAGUAAUCAAGAUAAAAUAAACUGCAUUCAAUUUCUUCAAAAAACAAACACAAAAACAAUACUUAAGCUUGAGAAAUCUGUCUAUAUCUGUAUAUCUAUAUAUACACACAGUCUAAAUGCAUACAGGUUUUUUGUUGUUAUAUAGGUGAACAGGAUACCUAUGGCUUAUGCUUUGUCCCACUAUUAAUAAAAGGCGUACAAAAAUAGCAGCAGCAACAUUUAAUUAACAUAGUGUACCUUUAGUACUGAACAACUUAGUAAUCAAAAAUGAAACAGUCUGCACAAUAAAGGACAUCAUAUAUGAAAGUAUACAGCUAGUAUAAUGCAUACAGGUUACUGUUACAAAGGAAAGGGGAAUAAUUAACCUCAAUUACAUUCAGAAAGUCAGGUAACCACCCCUCAAAGAUUCUAAGGCAGAAUAUUGCACAGUAAAUGCACAUUUGUUACUUGUUUUGCUAUAGAAUAUUUUUUUGAUGACAUACACCUUCAGUUAAACAAUUCAAACACAUAAAAAUACAUUACGCUUAUUAAGUUGUAGAGCCUAUUGAUUAAGAGCAUAAGUUCACAUAAUUGAGUGUAUUUGUCUCUGAAUACUACAUGUAAAAAGUGCUAUUUAGUGCAAAAUAUUUAUUAAAAAAACUGGAAGCUUUGACCUUCCUGCAAUUUUGAAGAAAA